AUGACUCCACCAUCUGGAAGUCUCUCCAACAUCGCACUCACAGGCCCCAACAAUGCCGGCUACACCCUCCCUGACGAUGCGGUCUGGCUCAUCACCGGUUGCUCCUCCGGCCUUGGCCUGUCCCUGGCCCAGCUCAUAGCCGCCCACCCAGCGCACCGUGUCGUGGCCACUGCCCGCAACCCAGCCAAGAUCAAGGGCCUCCUUCCUUCCAGUUCCCGCGUGCUGGUCGUUGCGCUGGACGUGACCUCACCGAGCUCCAUCACUUCAGCCCUUGGGACGGUCCUCGAGCACCCUGAUUUCGGACGCGUCGAUGUCCUCGUGAACAACGCCGGCCACGGAUUGAUGGGCGACACAGAGUCUUCCCUGCCCUACUCCCCUGCGGUGCCAAACUCCUCAGACGAGGAGCACUCCAAGGCCCGCGCCGUAGUGGACACCGACUUCUGGGGCACCGCUACCAUGACCCUCCAUGCGAUGCGCAUUAUGCGUGAGGACAAUGCUAGGAAUGGUGGUAAGCAGGGGGGUCUUGUAAUACAGAUUUCCUCCAUGGGUGGGUUCAUGGCCUUCCCUGGCAAUGCCUACUAUCAUGCUGCCAAAUUCGGGGUCGAGGGCUUUACGGAGAGUGUCAGGCGCGAGGUGCGGCCUCAUUGGAAUAUUCACUUCACCAUUGCCGAGCCUGGCGGUAUCGACACUAAUUACGCGACAUCUAGCAUGUCGACUCUGGCCAAACACCCUGCCUAUGACGCCGCAGAUAGCCCGGCGCGAAUUCUCGCGGCCUAUGUGGACAACCCUGAAGCUCGCAAAUCUUGGUCGCGGCCCGAGGCCAUGUCCAAGGCCAUUUAUGAAAUGGCGUCGCGCGGCAAGCCAGUUCCACUGAGGUUUCCUCUGGGCGCAGUCGCUUGGCAGGUGCUAAGGUCAAAGGCCGAGAGCACAGUGGAGGAGUUUGCAGAGACUAGAGCGUUGAGUAUUGGCGUUGACGGCACGGAACACGCAAAGGACGCUGAGAAGGUGAAAGACUUGUAUUGA